AUGCCUUCAACAAAUUCUGAAAAAUCAGUAUCAUCGAAAGCUGAGCUUCAAAGUUUAGUAACAUCAAAUGAUCCAAUUUAUCAUGCAAAUAAUCCACAAGAUUAUAUUAUUUGUUUACAAUGUAAAUCUGUAUUGAGAUGGGCAAAAGGUCAUGGAACCAGAGUGAUGACUUAUCAUAACUGUUCGAAAAAUAAACCUGUGGCAACGACUCCAUCUCGACAAAGAACAAUAUCGUCUUAUUGUACACAAUCUUCAUCAUCAAAAGAAUGUCCAUUGAUUCAAAAACGUAUUAUAGAAGCAUGUGUCGAAUAUUGUGCAGUUGAUGUACGCCCGUUCGAAAGUGUAGCUGGUACUGGAUUUCAAAAUUUAGCUAAACAAUUAAUAUAUGCGGGAGCUACUCUUGGUACAUCUAUAAAUGUUAGUGAAUUAUUACCUCAUCCAAGUACCAUCAGUCGUAAUGUUGAACAUGUUUAUUUAAACUUGAAGAAACAACUUAUUUCUUUAUGUGUACCAUUAGAAAUGUUUGAGCAUCACGUGUGA